CAGUGGAAAACUAUAAUUUGAUGUUCUGUUUUUCCUUCUGCAUUCCUCCUCUCUCCGUCUUUCUAUCACACACAUCAACGCAAACACAAUUACACACACACACACACACACACACACACACCAGGCAUGCACACAAGGGACCUUUGGCAUGGCGUUUUUCCUGAUCAGAUUGGAUACUGCUCUCUGGAGGGAGGGAGAGCAGAGUACAGGAGAGGAAGGAGAGAUGCCAGCCCUCCUAGCUACUUUCACUCCCCUUUAAGGCUGCCUGGUUACGGUCCUGGGAAAGAAAACCCCUGCAUUCCUCCCCUUUAAUUGGGUUUAUUGUUAAGCACUGGAGCAGCUAAUCCUUACAGACCUGUAGGAGCUGGGGUGUCGGAGCCCAGAGCAGGAUUCUUCGGGAGUCCCCGCGACCUCCUCCGGAAAGAACAGCCUUGAGAUGGCCUUUCCUCCUGCUGCUCUGUUUCAAGGUGGCAUCUUGUGUGGUAAGCACCCCCUGAAGGUUCAACUCUGGAGGCCAUGGGGAGAAAGGAGGAAGAGGACUGCAGUUCCUGGAAGAAACAAACCACCAACAUCCGCAAAACCUUCAUCUUCAUGGAAGUGCUGGGGUCGGGAGCUUUUUCUGAAGUUUUCCUGGUGAAGCAAAGGGUGACCGGGAAGCUCUUCGCCCUAAAGUGCAUCAAGAAGUCCCCCGCCUUCCGGGACAGCAGCCUGGAGAAUGAAAUCGCCGUGUUGAAAAAAAUCAAGCAUGAGAACAUCGUGACCCUGGAGGACAUCUAUGAGAGCACCACUCACUACUACCUGGUCAUGCAGCUAGUUUCCGGUGGGGAGCUCUUUGACCGGAUCCUGGAGCGGGGCGUCUACACAGAGAAGGAUGCCAGCCUGGUGAUCCAGCAGGUGCUGUCCGCUGUGAAAUACCUCCACGAGAAUGGCAUCGUCCACAGAGACUUAAAGCCAGAAAACUUGCUGUACCUCACCCCAGAAGAGAACUCUAAGAUAAUGAUCACGGAUUUCGGUCUGUCCAAGAUGGAACAGAACGGUGUCAUGUCCACUGCCUGUGGGACCCCAGGCUAUGUGGCCCCCGAAGUGCUGGCCCAGAAGCCCUACAGCAAGGCCGUGGAUUGCUGGUCCAUUGGCGUCAUCACCUACAUCCUGCUGUGCGGGUACCCCCCGUUCUACGAAGAAACCGAGUCGAAGCUGUUUGAGAAGAUCAAGGAGGGCUCCUAUGAGUUCGAGUCGCCGUUCUGGGAUGACAUUUCUGAGUCAGCCAAGGAUUUUAUUUGCCACCUGCUAGAGAAGGACCCGAAUGAGCGGUACACCUGUGAGAAGGCCUUGAGGCACCCCUGGAUUGACGGGAACACGGCCCUCCACCGAGACAUCUACCCAUCCGUCAGCCUCCAGAUCCAAAAGAAUUUUGCCAAGAGCAAGUGGAGGCAAGCUUUCAACGCAGCCGCCGUGGUGCACCACAUGAGGAAGCUACACAUGAACAUGCACAGCCCAGGCGGCCGCCCGGAGGUGGAGGACCGGCCGCCCCUCCCUCAACCCUCAGAAGCCUCCAGACCCAGCUCCCCUGAGAUCACCAUCACCGAGGCGCCUGCCCUGGACCAGAGCGCGCCCCUGCCCACGCUGCCCCGGCUGCCCUGCCAGCACAGCCCCCGGCCCGCCCCGCCUGGCGCCAGGUCCCUCAACUGCCUGGUCAAUGGCUCCCUCCAUAUCAGCAGCAGCCUGGUGCCCAUGCACCAGGGACCCCUGGCCGCCGGGCCCUGCGGCUGCUGCUCCAGCUGCCUGAGCAUUGGAAGCAAAGGGAAGUCCUCCUACUGCUCCGAGCCCACGCUCCUCAAAAAGGCCAACAAAAAACAGAACUGCAAGUCAGAGGCCAUGGUGCCAGUGAAAGCCGGCGGCAGCUCUCACUGCCGGGCAGGGCAGACUGGGGUCUGUCUCAUUAUGUGAUCCCUGGAGCCGGGGCCCAUGACACUGUAGUUUUCAGGAGAGACGUUCAACUCUUCUCUGCCCUUCCAAACCCGGCGUCCACGCGGCAGAGGGAAGGAGGCGAGCAAGCGGAACAGGUCCUGGCAGGAGCGGUUUUUGGUCAGAAGCUACCUGCCGGCUGCCGCCCAGGGACAGAUCUCACAGGGGGCCGGGAGGGAGCCCCAAGGCGCGGAGGCUCCUUGACGCUGUGGGCAGGAGGAGCCACACCGGCUGGCUCCCAGGUCUCCCGACCUGCCUGCUCUACGCCCCCACACCCUAGUGCUGUGGCUCUGUGCAGUGUCCCUAGAUCGCCGUCGCCUGGGUCUGUUUUGUUGCUGUGAAAAGCUUCACAGGCUGGCCAAGCUGCGCCCCUUCUCUGAGCAAAGCCAUAUGGAACAUUCGCCUAGGAACUCCCCUGCUCUGCACACACCAGCUCUUGCCUCUUCGGCCCCCACGCCCAGGGCCAAGACUGUGCUUUCUGAUGCAGCUGCUUGUCCACCCGCAUGAAUGCCAGGCAGCAACCUGCGCUCGGCCUGUGAGCUCUCAAAACGUUAAUCCUUAACUCCAGGAUUAGCCCUCGGCCGGCGCCCACCACGCUGAGCCCCAGCCAGCCUCCUCCCAGGCGCACCGUGCAGCCUCUCUCCCGCCACACUCUCACAGAAGCGAACAGAGGGAGAUUCACAAGCGGGGACUGAGAGGACUUCCCAUGCAGGCCACACAGCCUCCACACGCACCUCCAGCUAAGCAGGCGCUGGGAGCUGACUGUUGCAUUGCGGCCAGGGCUCCUCAUGCUGCCUCUGGUGCCCCCUCUCUCCCAGGAGUUCAGGUGCAUCGUCCCUGUCCUUCCCACCACUCCAGCUUCACGCUCAGUGUUGUGUGCAAUAAAAUGGACAUAUUUUUCUCUA